AUGCGUGUUCUGACGUGCCUCGUAGGAACUAAAGCGGUUCCCACACCGACGUUUUUACGACGACCAGUGAAAGAUAAGCGGAACCACAUUAGCUUCGUAAAUCCACUAUCCGUGGUCUAUGCUCUGGUGGUGCGGAACGCGCAUCAAAAUCGUCAAAAUACACUGCCUUUGAGAAACUACGAAGCUGUAGAGGUCUGCGGUCAGUGCCUGCCAAGAUGGGUUACGUACUACAAAUCGCCCGGUUCUCUUACCAACAUAACUCCUGUCAAAGUAAUGAGACCUAAUUCGGUAGCUGGUUGUAGACGGAUGAGCAUUAUUUGCACAACCCCUCCGAACGCCAGGAUGUCCUUCAUGACAUUCAACGGAAGUUUUGAUGGUCCCUACGCGAACAUAAACGCUACAGUAUUACUUGAAUGUAAACGAGACAAAAAAUGGCAUAUUAUUAAAAAUACGAGAUCUUUUUUCGUCACAUCGGUGAGAUGUUUCUGGGAUUGA